ACCCAGUGGGCAGCGCCAGGAGCUGGACCGAGCGGCCGCUGCGGGGCCGCUGCUGCGGGGCUCAGCCACCUGCGCUGCCUUUCUGGGGCGGGCUGAAACCUGGAGGCCCGGGGGGCCCAGCUCCCGUGGGGAGCCUUGGGCGCCCGCUGUCCCGGCCGGGCCGGCUAGAAUAAUAAGCUGAGUGGACUCUAACCAUUGGCCUUCAACUUGCCAGCACCUUGUACCUAGCUCUCCUUUUGUGGCUCAUGUGCUGCAUCCUCUGCCCUCAGUGUGCAACUGGGCCCCAACGCAAUGUGUGUUUGUCAAACCAUGGAAGUGGGGCAGUAUGGCAAGAACGCAAGUCGGGCCGGAGACCGGGGAGUCCUCCUGGAGCCCUUCAUCCACCAGGUGGGAGGACACAGCAGCAUGAUGCGCUAUGACGACCACACUGUGUGCAAGCCCCUCAUCUCCCGGGAACAGCGCUUCUAUGAGUCCCUCCCUCCUGAAAUGAAGGAGUUCACCCCUGAAUACAAAGGUGUGGUAUCUGUCUGUUUUGAGGGGGACAGUGAUGGUUACAUCAACUUGGUGGCCUACCCUUAUGUGGAAAGUGAGACCAUGGAUCAGGAUGACACAUCAGAACGGGAGCAACCUCGGCGCAAACACUCCCGACGGAGCCUGCACCGGUCAGGCAGUGGCAGUGACCAUAAGGAGGAGAAAGCCAGCCUCUCCUUUGAGACCUCUGAGAGUUCCCAGGAGGCAAAGAGUCCGAAGGUAGAACUACACAGCCACUCAGACGUCCCUUUCCAGAUGCUAGAUGGCAAUAGUGGUCUGAGUUCUGAGAAGAUCAGCCACAACCCCUGGAGUCUGCGUUGUCACAAGCAGCAGCUGAGCCGCAUGCGCUCUGAAUCCAAGGACCGAAAGCUCUACAAAUUUCUCCUGCUUGAGAACGUGGUACACCACUUCAAGUAUCCCUGUGUUCUGGACUUGAAGAUGGGCACCCGGCAGCAUGGGGAUGAUGCAUCAGCUGAGAAGGCGGCCCGGCAGAUGAGGAAGUGCGAGCAGAGCACAUCUGCUACACUGGGGGUUAGGGUCUGUGGCAUGCAGGUGUACCAGCUGGACACAGGGCAUUACCUCUGCAGGAACAAGUACUAUGGCCGUGGGCUCUCCAUUGAAGGCUUCCGCAAUGCUCUCUACCAGUACCUGCACAAUGGCCUGGACCUGCGACGUGACCUCUUUGAGCCUAUUCUGAGCAAACUGCGGGGCCUCAAAGCUGUGCUGGAGCGGCAGGCCUCCUACCGCUUCUACUCCAGUUCUCUGCUUGUCAUCUAUGAUGGCAAGGAGUGCCGAUCUGAGCUGCGUCUUAAGCACCUGGACAUGGGGCUCCCUGAAGUGGUACCACCCUGUAGCCCCAGUACCAGCCCCAGCAGCACCACCUCCGAGGCAGGCCACUCCUCUCCACCUAAGGUGGAUGUCCGCAUGAUUGACUUUGCACAUAGCACAUUCAAAGGCUUCCGGGAUGACCCCACUGUGCAUGAUGGGCCAGACAGAGGCUAUGUGUUUGGCCUGGAGAAUCUCAUCAGCAUCAUGGAACAGAUGCGGGACGAGAACCAGUAGGCCCAAUUAUGGGCCCCCCGAGACCCCUUCCUCUCCACCCGCAGGCAGGGACCAUUGCUCUGAACUUGCCGUGAGGACACACAGACUUGCUUUUAAAGGGUUAUAUUUCUCUUUGGUGUAAACUAAAAGAAAUGUUUUUAGCUGUAGCCUGGAAUCCAUAUAUAUAAAGUGAAGGAGGGCAGAACAUGCGUCCUCUUGGCCAGGCUCCGUAGCUCUGUGGCUGUGACUGCUGUGUCCAGGUUGACUUAGGAAGGAAGAGGUGCCCCUGGUGGGCUUGGCAGCAGAGACAAGAUGCCCUUGGACUUUGGUUUCUCUUACCUAGGUCUUUAGGGUCUGUGUCUGCAGGGUCCUGCUGAUUGUGUAAUGAAGCCCUGGACUGGUACAGGGCCCCUCCAUGCCCACUCAUCCUUUGUUCCCCCAAUAUAAGAGGGGAUUGGUCCCUAUCUCUUGGGAGCUUUUCAGUUUUGUGCUGUGGGUGUCAGCCAGCUCUUGAACAGAUGCCCUUGUCAUCAGAAAUCUGACUGCACACAGCUGGACCCAUGUUUCUUGGGUCUGAUUUUGGCAUGGGGCUACAUUCAUGAAGCUGAGCUGAAGCCAGUUUAUGGCAGCAGGCAGGCCUGGUUUCUCCAUGGACCUAGCACAUAAACCUGCUCCUCUGCCCAAAACCCCAGCCAGCUUCUCUCAACAAGAUCCCCUUGCCUGAGGAGGCCAACCCCUUCUGUCUCACUGAAGGGCACCACUCUGUUUGCUGAGAAGAGUGUGUUCUGGUAGGCCAUGGGGCCUGUAGGGGCCCUGGACCAUACAGUAUUUGCAGUUCUUGUACUGUGGGUGGGAGUCUUCCUCUUCUAGUUUGGGCAGCUGUGCUGCCUCUGGACGGGCUGCUCCUCCCAGGACUCAAGGGCUGUGGUCUGCUCAGGGUCUCUCACUUCCCCAGGCAAAGCUCAAGGAGGCAGCCCAUUGUGAGGGAGAAUUUUAAGCUUGUCUGCUCUUAGAGACAUUGGGCCCUGGGUGCAUGCAGGUGCCCAGAUUAUGCUAUUGAGAGCUUUGUCUGAAUAAUCCUGGGGUCCAUCAGUUUGUCCAUUUGUCCACCUGCCAGCCCCUAUACUGUGGGGAGCCUUCCUUUGGGGUGUUGCCUUGUUUGUUAGUAUAUUGAUUUCCUUCGUACUUUCCUCAGCAAAAUAGUCUCUCAUUUCUGAGGUGAGCUUUUGCCCCUUUGCCCUUCCUCAGCAGGUGCUUUUUUUUUUUUUUUAAAAAACCUGGUUCCAGAAUGAAUUAGGGUUAUUUCCCUGCUGGCCUGGCACCCUUCCUAUGGGCCUGGAGUGUGGCCCUCAACACUCAAGGGGUAGCCCUUUCACAUAGUUUUAAUCAUUCUUGCUGCCACCUUUUAACGGCAUGUAGUUUUGCUGCCUCUAACACAAGGUGGCCAGCAGGUGACAGGCACCACACUCAGUCAUUGCCAAGGUUAGCACCCUUUCCUAUAAGCUUAGGGCCACUGUCAUUGUCUCUUUUGACAUGUCCCUAUUUGGGCAUUAAAGGUAAGCCUGCUGGCCUGUGUUUGUGAGAAGCCUUGGUAACUGAUGACCUGAUUCCUGGCCUUUAGAGAUGUAGUCUCUGAAAUGGGGUCCUUGAUGGAUCCUAUCUCUCUAAGCCCUCCAACCCUGGUGCCAGUGGUGGGCAGGUUCCCAUUCCUUGGGGCUGGGAGGCACAAAUUUGCCUGUCUCUGGUAAUAACCACCUUCUCUCCUGUACUAUUCUGUGGUUUCAGCCAGAGGGAAAGGUCAUUGUCAGUGUAGCUGAUAUUCCCUGGCAGUGGGGAGGAUAAGAAGAAGGAUUUGGGGCCACUGCCUGGGGACGAGAUGCCACCCUGUUCUGGUACUACUCAGCACAGGAGGCUGUACUCAUUUAUUGUGUUUUCCUGGCACUAGAAAUAGUGGAAGGGCUAGAAUUUGCUGCUUCUCCCCCAGGGCAGGGCCUUUCUUAUCAGCACUUUUGGUACCUGGAAACCCAAUCAUUAUUUGAUGGGUGGUGGCAAGCUUGUGCAUGCACAUUUUCUGCCACUGCUCCUUCUGCCUGGCCCAGGCUAGAGUCCUAAUGCUGCCAGGCCCUGCCUUCCCAUCCCCAAAUCAGGACCAAAGUGCAACUGGGGAUCAUGGGUUGGGGUGCUCAGGUCACCCUUCUCUGUUAUUUUCGCUGGGCUGGGCCAACGCCAGACCCCGCCUCCAGGGUUGGGGUGGAAAGGGACUGGUGGUGCUUAAAAAGGAAGGGGACCAAUGUAGCAACUUGCCAGGAACCCCACCCUCUCUUUUCUGGGUCUGUGCAAUGGGUGUGGGGAUUCCCACCAAGGGCCAGAGGCCUGGGUUAGUUUAGUAGCUGCUACUCACGCGCUCACCUGGCCAUGUGCACGUUCCCUAGAUGCAGACUGCUUUUAACUUUACGGCUGUACAAUUUGGUUAUGUUUGUGCCGAUUUAAAAAAUAUUUUAAUGAAGAAAACGGCGACCCCCGGGAAGGACGUGGUUCCUUUGCUCCUCGGGGACAUGUAAGACUUCGCAUUCUGGGAAUCACUCUCCGCUCUUCUUUUUCCUGGAAGCUAAACCUGUCCACGCCACCCGAGGCCUGCGCCUGGAUACUACAGGUGACUCCGGCCACGACUCGCGCAGUUGCAUUUCCUUGGACCUUGCGUGUAAGGGAGGGGUGCCCGGGCCGAGCCCGCCCCUUUCUGUACACCCAGCGCUGCCCACCCCGCUUGUGUCUGAGGUCGUAUAUGUCAAAAUAAAGCCGCUAGAAAUUGUA